AUGGAAUUACAUUCUCAUCCGUCCACGACGGCUCCUCUGCAAGUUCCAAUGGUUGCCAACACAAUGAGCAGCGCUGGAGACUCUCUUAUUGCCUUUAUCCGGCUAAUGGUCCAAAACGAACUUCUUAUUCCACCGGAGCAGAGAAUACUUGACCAUGGACUAAUACAAGCCGCUCUUCAUGAAACGAAGGUCGGGUUGGCAGACGGGGCCUUCCAGCUAUAUGAGAUGCUCCUCGGAAACCUAAACGCUAAGUCCGAGCCUUGGUUACUCAGCUUAAGGACGUCAAAUCCCGUAGACCGUGAUUACCCUCGAGAACCAGCCAUUCAUCUCGCAGAGCUGAUCUGGCAAUAUAUUGAAGCCCGGGAUGACCUCUAUAACUUCCAGCCACCUAACGAGCUUUUGACUGUCUGUGUGUCGGACAAUCUGUGUGUUCUUGACGUCUUGACGUUGUGCAUGCCUGGACGCAGCCGUUUUCAAGUCAUCGGCCUGAGCCUACGAAAUGGGACGCCCUCUGAAUGCGCCGUUCAACCAAAGGAGAUAUCGAGCCUUUGA